CUUUGACUCUUGGUCAAGCGUUGUCCCGAGCGGGCGGCCUGCUGUCCUCAGCACUCGGGGCCGCACGGGAAGGGUCGGGACCGCCUGCCCGCCUCUAGGAGCCAUGCCCACCGUGGACGAGAUUCUAGAACACAUAGGGGAGUUCCACUUUUUCCAGAAGCAGACGUUUUUCCUCUUAUCUCUGCUCUCCGUGGCCUUUGCCCCCAUCUACGUGGGCAUCGUCUUCCUGGGCUUCACCCCCGAGCACCGCUGCCGGAGCCCCGGGGUGGCCGAGCUGAGCGAGCGAUGCGGCUGGAGCCGGGCCGAGGAGCUGAACUACACGGUGCCCGGGCUGGGGGCCGCGGGCGAGGCCCACCUCCACCAGUGCAUGCAGUACGCGGUGGACUGGAACCAGAGCGCCCUGGGCUGCGUGGACCCGCUGGCCGGCCUGGCCGCCAACCGGAGCCAGCUGCCGCUGCAGCCCUGCCAGCACGGCUGGGUGUACGACGCGCCCGGCUCCUCCAUCGUCACCGAGUUUAACCUGGUGUGCGCCAACUCCUGGAUGCUGGACCUGUUUCAGUCGGCCGUGAACGUGGGGUUUUUCGUCGGCGCUGUGGCUAUUGGCUACCUAGCAGACAGGUUUGGCCGCAAGUUCUGCCUCUUGGUCACAAUCCUCGUCAAUGCCGUCUCUGGGGUUCUCAUGGCUGUGGCCCCCAACUACACAUGGAUGCUGAUAUUUCGCUUGAUCCAAGGGCUGGUCAGCAAAGCCGGCUGGUUGAUCGGCUACAUCCUGAUUACAGAAUUCGUUGGUCUGGGCUACCGCAGAACGGUGGGGAUUGUCUACCAAGCGGCCUUCACCGUGGGGCUGCUGGUGCUCUCCGGGGUGGCCUAUGCCCUUCCGGGCUGGCGGUGGCUACAGCUCACCGUGACUCUGCCCACCUUCUGCUUCCUGCUCUACUACUGGUGCAUACCCGAGUCACCACGCUGGCUGCUCUCCCAGAACAAACAAGGGAAGGCCAUGAGGAUUGUGAAGCACAUCGCCAAGAAGAAUGGAAAAUCCAUGCCGGCCUCCCUUCAGAGUCUGCGGGCAGACGAGGAAGCGUUGGGAGCCAUGCACCCUUCCUUUCUGGACUUGGUCAGAACCCCUCAGAUGAGGAAGCACACUUUGAUCUUGAUGUACAACUGGUUCACGAGCUCUGUUCUCUAUCAGGGCCUCAUCAUGCACAUGGGCCUGGCAGGGGACAAUGUCUACCUAGACUUCUUCUACUCGGCCCUGGUGGAGUUCCCGGCUGCCAUCAUCAUCAUCGUCUCCAUAGACCGUGUUGGCCGCCGGUACCCUUGGGCUGUGUCAAAUAUGGUGGCGGGGGUGGCCUGUCUAGCUUCGGUGUUCAUCCCUGAUGAGCUCCCGUGGCUGAAAGUCACCGUGGCUUGCUUGGGGAGGAUGAACAUCACCAUGGCCUUCGAGAUGGUCUGCCUGGUCAGCGCAGAGCUGUACCCCACCUUCAUCAGGAACCUUGGCGUCCACGUCUGCUCCUCCAUGUGUGACAUCGGCGGCAUCUUCACCCCGUUCCUCGUCUACCGCCUCGCCGCCCUGUGGCCGGAGCUCCCGCUGGUGGUGUUCGCCGCGGUUGGCCUGAUCGCUGGAGGACUAGUCUUGCUGCUACCAGAAACCAAAGGGAAGGCUUUGCCUGAGACCAUCCAGGAUGCGGAGAAUUUGCUGAGACCAAGAAAAUAUAACGAAAAGAUGAUUUAUCUCCAAGUCAAGAAAUCAGACACGCCAAGAACCUGACAGUGGGGCCGACCGUGACUCUCCCGUGGCCUGGCUUGUCCAUACAAGGCCGGAGCAGA